AUGGCGCCAUCCGCCGGUGACACCGCAGGCAGCCCGUCCGGAGCGGCUUCGUCGAAGAGCGAUUCAGCUGAACACAACCGGCGCCGAGAGACAUAUGGCCUUGCUAUUGACUGGCGAGAGAUGAGAGCUUUGAUGUUUGCAUCCGCGUGCAGUGGCUUCGUCGGUCGAUGUCUUCUUCAUCCGAUUGACACAGCGAAGGCGAUGAUCCAAGCGCAAGUGACCUCAAGGCAAUGUCGAGUUUCAUCAUCGUCAGUUUCUCCUAUUCAAAACGGUUCCGCAGUUAAGUCUUCGGGCAUGGUGCAGUCGAAGCAGGAACUGAGCGGCGAGGGCAGGAGAGCAACUAUAGGGGCAGUUUUGGGCCGCGCUGCUGACCGUACGCCUGCUGGCGAGUACCGUUCCCUUCUAACCUCCACGGGACACACGCUGAGAAUGGUGUGGAGACGGGAGGGGCUCCCUGGCUUAUAUAGGGGCUUCGUCAUCUGCGGGUGUGGUUCCUUACCGGCAACAUGCUUGUUCUUCACUUCCUUCGAGAUCAUACGGGCGUCCCUGGUUCGUGUGUUCUCGUCGUGGCCGAAUAUUGAGAGCGUGGAUUCCAAAGCGAGAGAAGGAUAUGCAGGUGAUGCAGCAGAGAUGAGGCCUCCGACAGCAAUAUCACCUUUCAUCGACCUCGUCUCGGGAUUCGGCGCCGAGGCGGUAUCAUGUGUCUUUUGGGUGCCCAUAGAUGUCUGCAAAGAACGCCUUCAGCAAUUAAAAAAUCUAGUCUUGCAUAUGCUAAAUCGGCGACAGGAAAUCGGUGGACCGGACGUCUUGGUCGAGAACCGGCACUCUUCAUCUCGUGGCACUGCUUCCUUGACGCCGUUGGCUACGGGGGGCUGUGCCUUGGUUGCGGCGGCGUCAGCGGCUUGGUUGACCGUUCCUUUGGAUAAAGUAAAGCUCAGGUACGAGCUUCAGGUACAGCGUGCACGAACGGGAAACACGGCUCGAGCGACGCCUUUCCUCUAUCGCAAUAUGCUUCAUGGGUUGGCAACAGUUUACAGGGAAGAGGGCACCAGAGGUCUAUUCAGGGGAAGCGGAGCUCGUGUCUUGUUUCACAGUGCUAACUUCGCAGUGCUGAAGGUUUUGAUUGAACACUUCAAGUCCGCUUACCUGACAUAUGCUGAACCGGCCCUCAAUAAAUGA